AACAAUAAAAAUAAUAAAGGGGUGAAGGAACGGCGCAGUGUCUGUCCUUUGCCGAUAAGCCCGGUGAUUUGCUCGUCAUGGGUAUGAAGAAACACUCAACAAACCCCUCCUCCUUCUCCUCCUCGUGCCUUCAAAACCCCCCACCUUGUUAGUUUACUCUUCACUCUCUUGCUAAAUUUCCUCUUGUAUUCUUUUCUCAACCCUAAGCACACUCAAAAGGAGAAAUUUCAUGGUUAUUAUUUAUUGUCUGAAUUCAAGUUCUUGUGAGUUGCUCUACUUUAUAGGUUUUGGUGAGAAAUGGGCUGAUGAGAGGGUAGCUGCCAUUUCAGGCUUUGCUUUUUAGAGAGAAAGAGCACUCUGUGUGCAGAAGCAGCACUGCAAAAAAGAAAAAAAAAAAAGAAAGAAGAAGGAAGCUUUAAACGUACAGGAGAAGGGCUAGGGGAGGGUCUCCUCUGACUUGGACUGUGAUAUAUCGAACUGUUGAGAAAUAAAUAAAAUUACAAAAAAAAGGAACCCUUUUCAUAACACACACACUCACACGCAGCAAAAGUGCUUUUCUCUCUCUCUCUCUCUCUCUUCCCCCCCAGCUCUCUGUGUCAUCCUCAUCAAUGCAUAGGACACCCAACCCCACCUGCGCUCCUCUCUUCAAUUAGCUCUCUAGUAUACCACCCACUUUCAAGUUUCUCUCUUUCUUUCUAGCCGCAAUAAGAGCACAAAAGAUAAGGAAGAAUGAGGGGUGGGAUAGAAGAAAGAAAAUAAUAAGUAACAAAGGCAAUUAGGGAAUAAAAGAGGAGGGUUCCUUUUUUUUUUUUUUCUCUCUUCUUUUUUCUUUUUGAAUAAUUUGUGUUUGUUAAGGCAUGAAAGUAGUGCUAUGGAGGCGGAAGAGAUUCGGAGACAGCCUUGUAAGUUCACUAGAGUUGGUAAUGGCAUAAAUGACACCAGCAGAAUAGCUCAAAAAGGCAAUGGUACUGACCACCAAUAUCCUGACGAUGAAGAAGAUGGUGAGCUCAAGAGGACUAAUUCUAACAACGGUGCUGGUUGUGGUGGUGGCGGUAUUGAUGCUGCUGGUGGGACCUUCAAUGGUCUUCGUGCGUGGCACCAUUCGUCGCGCAUAAUUAGGGUUUCUAGAGCAUCUGGUGGAAAAGAUCGGCACAGCAAGGUAUGGACUUCAAAAGGGUUAAGAGACCGGAGAGUCCGUUUAUCAGUGUGCACUGCCAUUCAAUUCUACGACCUCCAAGAUCGGUUGGGUUAUGAUCAGCCAAGUAAAGCUGUAGAAUGGCUGAUCAAAGCAGCUCAAGAUGCAAUUAACGAGCUCCCUUCGCUCAAUCAUUCUUUUCCUGACACGCCAAAGCAAUUAAGCGAUGAGAAAAAAACGAGUGAUAGCACUGAACAAGGAUUUGAUUCAGCUGAUGUUGAGCUUGAAGACCCAAAUUUUAGGCAGAACCAGAAUCUAUCGCUAUCUAAAUCUGCUUGCAGUAGCACUUCAGAGACAAGCAAAGGUUCAGGGCUAUCACUUUCGCGUUCUGUUAGUCGUGAUAAGGCUCGUGAGAGAGCCAGAGAGAGAACAGCCAAGGAGAAGGAGAAAGAGAAUGAUUCACGCAUUGCGCAUCACCACAACAUAAACCCCAUUUCUCAAAACUCCACAUUUACUGAGCUUUUAACUGGUGGGAUUGGUAGUGUUAGAAAUAACAGCAGCAGCAACAACAACAAUAACAGUACUGCUAGUCCUACUGGUUCUGAUGCAAAUAAUUUGUUCCAAAAAGCAGCCGCGGCAAGGCAGUGGCCUUCGACCCCAAUGGACUGCUUCGGCUCAGGACUCUUAGGGCCAUCCUCGUCGCGGUCAACUCAUCAUUCAUCGGGGUUUCCAGGGCAAAUCCAGUUAGGGAACUCAAUCCCACAAGCAAUGACAAUGUCGAUCCCACCAUUUUGUGUAUCGGGGGAGAAUCACCAGGAGCAUUUGCAACAUUUUCCUUUCGUUUCAGAUCAUUUGAUCCCAGUGGCCGCCACAACACAACCGCCGGCAUCCAGCGGGGAUUAUAACCUAAAUUUCACAAUAUCUUCAGGCCUUGCUGCAGGUUACCAUAGGGGGACCCUUCAGUCCAAUUCAUCAUCACCGUCUCUUUUGCCUCACCUCCAGAGGUUUUCUACGUCUUCUACCAUAGACGGAUCUACCACAAAUGUACCUUUCUUUAUCGGUGCUGCAACACCGCAAGCUAUGGAGAACCACCACCAGUUCCCACCUGGGUUGCAGCUCUGCUAUGGCGAUGGAACCAGGCAUUCUGACCAGAAAGGCAAAGGGAAGAACUGAUUAAUGCCUGUGGGCGUCUGUUUUUCUUGUGGCAUCUUCUUUCAGUGAAUGGCAUGCACGUUGAUAUCAGAGGUUAAUUUGGUACAGGAAAACGAAGAUGGGAAAUUGCAGCAAACCAUGAACAAAUACGUUCCUUCCUUGCAUUGGAUGAUUCCUUAUUAUCAUGCUUCUGAAAUUUUUGGUAUUUCCGCUUUAUCCAUUUUUAAGUCGUUCAGAUUGCAUCCAUAUAUAUGUAUGCGCGAAUCUAUGCGUGCAAAGCUUUGUGUGUUUUGAAGAAAUAUAACAAACGAUUGAAAUUGAUGGUUUUUCUUUUUUC